CUUUCAUCUUCCUCCUGCUCCUCCUCCUCCUUGUUUUCCUCUGCAGAUCCUCUCUGCAAGUUGGAAGCAUGGGUAACAGUGCUCCUUCCAAAAUCAAGCGCCAUCAACAUCAUCAACAACAGAAAACAUGUUGUUUCAUGUCAAAGGAGAUGGAUGCAGCGGCGACGGAUUCUGUUUCUGAAUCCACUUUGAAUGAAUUUCGCAUCCCAUCUUUCAUCUUCCAGCCUGAAUUGGAGGUUUCUGAUGAUGGAUCUCCAUCUCCUCCUCCACAGUAUCCCGUUUUAGUCUUUAUCAACUCCAAGAGUGGUGGUCAGCUGGGCGGUGAUCUCCUUCUCACCUAUCGUUCCCUUCUAAAUGAGAAACAGGUUUUUGAUUUGGGAGAAGAGGCUCCUGAUAAAGUGUUGCGAAGAAUUUAUCUCAAUCUGGAAAUGCUCAAGCCUCGUAGUAAAUUGGCCGAUGAGAUUCAACAGAGGUUGAGAAUAAUUGUUGCAGGUGGUGAUGGAACUGCUGGCUGGCUUCUUGGAGUUGUUUGCGAUCUCAAGUUAUCGCAUCCACCCCCAAUCGCUACAGUGCCUCUCGGAACUGGAAACAAUCUUCCGUUUGCUUUUGGUUGGGGAAAAAAGAAUCCUGGAACAGAUCCCAAUUCUGUGAUGUCUUUCCUGAACCAAGUAAAGAAAGCAAAGGAAAUGAAAAUAGACAACUGGCAUAUUCUUAUGAGGAUGAGGGCUCCAAGAGGAGGUCCCUGUGAUCCCAUUGCACCUCUUGAGCUACCACAUUCUCUGCAUGCAUUUCAGCGUGUUUCUCCAACUGAUGAACUCAACGUGGAAGGUUACCACACAUUUCGUGGGGGAUUCUGGAACUACUUCAGCAUGGGCAUGGAUGCUCAAGUAUCAUAUGCAUUUCAUUCUGAGCGAAAGCUGCAUCCCGAGAAAUUUAAAAAUCAGUUAGUUAAUCAGAGUACUUAUGCAAAGCUUGGAUGUACACAAGGGUGGUUUUUUGCUUCUCUUUUUCAUCCUACGUCAAAGAACAUAGCUCAGCUUGCUAAGGUUAAAGUCAUGAAAAGACAUGGUCAAUGGCAAGAUCUCCAUAUACCCCACAGCAUUAGGUCAAUUGUAUGCCUUAACUUGCCCAGUUUUUCCGGUGGACUGAGCCCUUGGGGAACACCAAAUAGCAAGAAACAACGCGAUAGAGACUUGACUCCACCAUAUGUAGAUGAUGGGCUUCUUGAAGUUGUUGGUUUUAGAGAUGCUUGGCAUGGGCUUGUUUUGCUUGCUCCAAAUGGACAUGGGACUCGUCUUGCACAAGCACACAGAAUCCGUUUUGAGUUCCACAAAGGUGCUGCCAACCAUACAUUUAUGAGGAUUGAUGGGGAACCCUGGAAGCAACCCCUACCUGAAGAAGAUGAUACGGUAGUUGUUGAAAUCUCUCACCUUGGCCAAGUAAAUAUGCUUGCGACCCAUGAUUGCAGGUCUAAAAGUAUUAAUGAUCCCUUGACAACAAGCAAUCAUGACGAUGGAGAUGAUGAUAGUGAUGAAGAUGAAUCUGAACAUGGCGAAGGGCGGAAGAAAUUUGGCGCAGCCGACACAUUUAGGAUCCCCGAUGGGGUUGACAUUGCACAUCUGAGUUGAACCCCUAAGUAAAUAUUUCUCCUUUGCUUGGCAUUUUUUAUGGAUACUGGAUGAUAUCAAAUACUUGAUUCGGUAAUAUUUUAAUUGCUACGAAAUCUUAAUUCAUGAAUAAGAAAUUGCAAUGCUAUUCCUCUC